UGAAAUCUUGCAGUUCGACCGGCGUCGCUCCAAUCACCCAUUACAACAGAUGCGAAUAGAAGUCCUUGCGGCGGUUCCAGUCGACACGACGGACGAGGAGGUAGCGAGUAAAAUCCAUGAGGUUCAUUGUUUUGUGAGAUGGUAUUCGUGAUUCUAUGAGGUCCAUUCCCGCUUCCUUCUUCAUCUGCUGUCGUUCCUUUCGCUGCCGACGGCUGCCUGUCUCCAUGGCUCGCUGGUUUGCAGUGUAGCGAAACGUUGUACCAUUGCCGUCUUGGCAGUAGAGAAUGUCGCGCUUGUUUGGGUCGAUAACAACAACAUUCUCUGCUGUUCGACAAGCAGGUAAGUUUUUCUCCAUGUAUUGCGCUUUCACUUCGUCCUCCAAACUCUUUGCUGACUUUCUCGCUCCGCGCUUUCCAUACUUGUCUGCUUCUGGGUGCUUUAGGUAUACAGACACCGAGGUUCCAUCCGUCGUGAUCGAACCCUCAAACUGCAUACUGCGGCGAGACCGAAAAGCUUUGGUACGUAGAUUACAGACGCGCAACCAUAAAUCGACCUUCUCUACGGCUUCUGCUUCUUGGCGGGUGAUGCAGAGGAUGUGGGCGUAGAGAAUGACCGUGUCAAUGCGAAUAUGGGACUGAAUCAGAGACCGACGAAGAGGGAUUGCACUGAACCGACGGAAGCCAUGUCGUUCAUACAGCCGAGAGAGUUUGCAGUACGCGGGAAAAAAUGACAUUGGAUCAGCAACAAUGGCAUAGGCAAGGGGAUCGUUGGGAAGGAAUGGGAGAUCCAAUGACCAAAUCUCUUCAAGAACCUCGCUCUCCAGUGGUGUUAAAUCCAGCGACUCGGGCACGAUAUCAAAAAGAAAAACUGACUUCAAGUAGCGUAGUCGAGUAAAGAAAGCUUUCCGCGCAUUGCUUUUCAGUGGCAGUUGCUUCUGUCUCUUCACGUCAAGCCGCAGAUUGAUAUAUCGGAGCAGCAUCUGCAUGAAAUGCUCUUGAACGUUGACUCUCAGGUUCGUCAUCAUACUCGCUGUCAGGUAAUUGACUGAUUGCUGCUCUUUUUGUAGAUUUGGGGGAACGAAGCCGACGAUUUGGCAGUACCGUUGGACAUAUGGCAACAAGGAUUUGCGCAAUGCCCUUUUCGCAUCAAUUUUUGGUUGCCAAGCCUCUCCUUUGUUGAGAAGAUAGAGAAGGGCUUCGAUUGUAUCUUUGUGAACAACCGGGAAAGACGAUGUGGAUGUGGAUGUGGAGAGGAUGUAGAAUUUGAGAGCGUGGGAAGCGUGGUCGGCGAGUUGAUGGAUGAUGGUGAUGUAAGUCUAGAAGCCGUUGGCGAUAGAUCUCGUUUGGCAGGAAAGCUUUUGCAAAGGAAGUCUUGUUACAGGUAUGUAAGGUGGGUUUGUCGACUUUUUGCUUCUUUUUUGGUGGCAUGCUGAUAUCUGUAGAAAAAGAUGAAAGCCUGGGAAAAUGGACGAUGACUAUUAUAGGAUUUUUGGAUCAAACAAACCAUAGUUCAUGAGUCUAAAUCGAGUAAAAUUAUGAUUAAAUUGGUUGGAAUCUUUGUACUAGUGCCAAUACCCAUCGGCUCCGCACUAUGUACAAGGUAUCCGCCAAAGUGUGGAGGUUCUAAUAUGACGGAGGGGAGAUAUCCACUACACUAUCACUCUUCAGGACCUCUAGUUGUCUUCGUCCCUUUCUCAGCAUGAACUCAAUCGUAGAUAUAUC